CGUGAAGAUAGUUUGUAAAUAAACACUUAUUUACUUAAAUAGUCUUUCUUCAGAAGAGCCCUGUCCACCCACGUGCAGCCGGUGGAGAGAUGGCAAACGCAGUGUCCUUGCCAUCUGCGUGAGCGAAGUGAUCCCCAGUCCCGCUGCUAGAGGACACCCACUGUCCUCGGCAGCCUCAUAGGACGUGGGUAAAAGCCGUUGCGCUUGGAGUGAAAGAGGUGCCGCCCUUCCUGUCUGGCCUUGUUCAGUGCCCUCUGCGGCUAGUUGUCAGGUGCCCGGUGCCGGAGCGUGCUGGCAGUGACUCAGAUCCAGGCUCCGUUUCUCAGGGACCAGUGGGCGUGGUCAGGUGGUCUUCCACCCCGCACAUGGCAGUAGAAGCAUUUGUUUCCGCUUUUCUGAGGAGGACAGUGCAGGCCCUUAGGUGCCCUGUUUACUCUCCACAGCAGCUUCGUGGGUGAGAUGUAGUACUCACCCCUUUCCAGAAGCAGCUUACAGAGAGGACAGGCUCCUUGUCCAGGGCCCUACAGCCUGGAAGCAGCAAGGCAGGGUUCAGGCCGGCUGGGAGCCCACCGCCCAGGCCCCGCAGUGCCUCGCGGCCAGUGACUGGUCACCGUGAGCGCCUCCUGAUGUGAAACACGUGGGUGCUGGUGACGGACACACCUGCUCACACUUACCGUUCUGCUGUUGUUUGCUGACACCCUGUCUCUGGCCGAUAUUUGAUGUUUAUGUACAGUGACCGUGACACUUGUAUAUGGGGCACUUGUCUUCCAUCACUCGGGGUUAGAGUCUCGCUUCACGUAGAGUCACACGUUAAUAUUCGUGUUGGGGCGUGUAUGCCGAGUCUUCCCGCCUCUGAUGUUUAACUCAUGGCUUGUCUUCACUGGAGCCGUUGGCACCUUUUUGGGGUCACAGAGCCUUUGAGAAUCUGUUGAAAGACCCUUCUCUCAGAAAAGUCACAAACAGAGAUGACUUUGCCUGUAAUUUCCAACAGUCUUGUUCAUGAUCCCAGAUUAUGAACCCUGUGUAGGAGAACACAUUGUGAUGUUGUCUCAGAGCCAAAAUCAUGAGUGAGUUUCGGAUUCACCACGAUGUCAACGAGCUGCUCAGCCUGCUGAGGGUGCACGGCGGGGACGGGGCCGAGGUCUACAUCGACCUGCUGCAGAAGAACAGGACCCCGUAUGUCACAACCACGGUGUCUGCACACAGUGCCAAAGUUAAAAUAGCAGAAUUUUCUCGUACUCCUGAGGACUUUCUGAAGAAAUAUGACGAACUGAAAUCUAAGAACACCAGGAACCUUGACCCCCUGGUAUACCUGCUGUCGAAGCUCACGGAGGACCGGGAGACCCUGCAGUAUUUACAGCACAACGCCAGGGAGAGAGCAGAGCUCGCAGCCAGCAGCGCCACCAGCUUCGGCGCCCCCGCCGCGGCCUCCAGGAUAUCCAUGCAGGAGCUGGAGGAGCUGAGGAAGCAGCUGGGCAGCGUGGCCACGGGCCCCACGUGGCAGCAGUCUCUGGAACUCACGAGGAAGAUGCUUCGGGACAAACAGAACAAAAAGAACGCGGGCCAGCGCCUCCCCGUCUUCCCGGCGUGGGUGUACGAGAGGCCCACGCUGCUCGGGGACUUCCUGACGGGCCCGGGUGCGAGCACGGACACGACUGUGCCCAUUGGCACGCUGUCCCUGGCCUCCCAGGAGGCGGCCAUCGUGGAGGACCUGCUGUACGUGCUGGUGGGUGUGGACGGCAGGUACAUCACCGCCCAGCCCCUCACGGGGAGGCAGAGCCGCAGCUUCCUCGUGGACCCUGGCCUGGACCUGUCCAUCCGGGAGCUGGUGAGCAGGACGCUCCCGGUGGCCUCCAGCUACUCCACCGUGGCCAGGUUCAUCGAGGAAAAGUCCUCCUUCGAGUAUGGGCAGGUGAACCACGCCUUGGCAGCUGCCAUGAGGACGCUGGUGAAGGAGUACCUGAUCCUGGUCACGCAGCUGGAGCAGCUGCAGAGGCAGGGCCUCCUGUCCCUGCAGAAGCUCUGGUUCUACAUCCAGCCGGCCAUGCGCACCGUGGACAUCCUGGCCUCCCUGGCCACCUCGGUGGACAAGGGUGAGUGUGUCGGGGGGUCGACCCUGAGCCUGCUGCACGACCGGAGCUUCAGCUACACGGGUGACAGCCAGGCGCAGGAGCUGUGCCUCUACCUCACCACAGCCGCCAGCGUGCCCUACUUCGAGAUCCUGGAGAAGUGGAUCUACCGGGGCAUCAUCGACGACCCGUACAGCGAGUUCAUGGUGGAGGAGCACGAGCUGCGCAAGGAGAAGAUCCAGGAGGACUACAACGACCAGUACUGGGAGCAGCGCUACACCGUGGUGCAGCGGCAGAUCCCGUCCUUCCUGCAGAAGAUGGCGGGCAAGGUGCUCAGCACAGGAAAAUACCUGAACGUGGUCAGAGAGUGCGGUCAUGACGUCACCUGCCCUGUGGCCAAGGAGGUCAUCUACACGCUGAAGGAGCGGGCGUACGUGGAGCAGAUCGAGAAGGCCUUCAACUAUGCCAGCAAAGUGCUGCUGGACUUCCUCAUGGAGGAGAAGGAGCUCGUGGCCCACCUGAGGUCCAUCAAGCGCUACUUCCUGAUGGACCAGGGCGACUUCUUCGUGCACUUCAUGGACCUGACGGAGGAGGAGCUGAAGAAGCCGGUGGACGACAUCACGCCCACCCGCCUGGAGGCGCUGCUGGAGCUGGCCCUGCGCAUGAGCACCGCCAACACCGACCCCUUCAAGGACGACCUCAAGAUCGACCUCAUGCCUCACGACCUCAUCACCCAGCUCCUGCGGGUCCUGGCCAUCGAGACCAAGCAGGAGAAGGCGAUGGUCCACGCCGACCCCACCGAGCUCACGCUGAGCGGCCUGGAGGCCUUCUCCUUCGACUACGUGGUGAAGUGGCCCCUGUCUCUCAUCAUCAACAGGAAAGCGCUGACCCGCUACCAGAUGCUCUUCAGGCACAUGUUCUACUGCAAGCACGUGGAGCGGCAGCUCUGCAGCGUCUGGGUGGGCAGCAAGGCCGCCAAGCAGCACUCGCUGCCCUCGGCCAGGUGGUUCGCGGGCGCCUUCACCCUGCAGCAGCGGAUGCUGAACUUCGUGCAGAACAUCCAGUACUACAUGAUGUUCGAGGUGAUGGAGCCCACCUGGCACGUCCUGGAGCGGAACCUGCGAUCCGCUUCCAACAUGGACGACGUGCUGGGGCACCACGCCAGCUUCCUGGACAACUGCCUGAAGGACUGCAUGCUGACCAACCCCGAGCUGCUGCGCGUCUUCUCCAAGCUCAUGUCUGUGUGUGUCAUGUUCACCAACUGCAUGCAGAGAUUCACGCAGAGCAUGAAGCUGGACAGCGAGCUGGGCCGCCCGACGCUGGAGCGCGGCACGAUGCGGGGGCCGCCCACGGAGGCCGAGUGGGCCCAGGAGCGCGCGCGCAAGGAGCUCGCCUGCAAGUGUGUGGCCGAGCACGUGGAUGCCCCGCAGCUGGCCUCCAGCUUCGAGGCCACCAUCAGUAAGUUCGAUAAGAAUUUCUCAGCCCACUUGCUCGACCUCCUGGCCCGGCUGAGCAUCUACAGCACCAGCGACUGCGAGCACGGCAUGGCCAGCGUCAUCUCCAGGCUUGACUUCAACGGCUUCUACACGGAGCGGCUGGAGCGCCUGUCUGCAGAGAGGAGCCAGAAGGCGACCCCCCCAGUGCCCGGCCCGCGGGGGCCCCCAGCUCCGGCGCCCAGGGUCACUGUCACCGCGCAGUGAGGCCGGCCGUGCCCGGCACAGCUGAAGCCUCGGGUGGAGGAGUUCCGCGGUUCCUCACCAGGCACUUCCAGACCGCGUGGCCGUGUGUCCUGUUCAAACAUAAAGUUGAAGUGUCUGCACUCAGCUCCUCUCGUUUCUCGGGGCUCACACACUUGGAUCAGGGCGGGGCUGCUGGUCUGUGCUCUCCUGAGUUGAGCAGUCCCUUCAAAGAAUUUUUUGGUCUCAAAUAAGACAAGGUGAAAACACGUGGCGUCUGAACGACACCAGGACAGUCACCACGGUGCCGGGCAGGGGUGCGAUGCAGGCCUGGUGUCCACGCCUGCCCUGUUGGGUGGGGCUGGGCUCUCUGGGGUCAGCAGGAGCCCCUCAGGCUGCGGCCCGGGGUCUGCUCCAGGCAGCAGAGGGCAG